CCCAGUUUUCUAAGAGAAUUUGUAUAUAUUUAAACGAAAGAGAGCAUGUUUCAUAAAAGCAACCUUUUUACAUAUUUUAAGUUUGACAUGUUCACCAGGAACAUGCUUGGAAACCAGGUCAUUUUUCUCUGUUUUAUUUCAUAGGGUGCAUUAUAUACAAUCUCAAACCACAGCCUAGACAAGCAGAGCAAGAACAAGAAUUUUCCCAGGAAAAAUAAACCCAAAACCUAUUAAACAACCGACAAAUUAUUGUUCUGUUUAUUUGUGCAUCCCGACUUUCCAACCACCAUCAGACCACUAAUCAUCAGCCGAAAAUCUGUCUUACCAGACCACAUGGAUUCAAUGCCAUAUCAGCUUCAUAUACUAUUUUUCCCAUAUAUGGCUCAUGGCCACAUGAUCCCGACAGUAGACAUGGCAAGAUUAUUUGCUAGGCGUGGAGUGAAAGCAACCAUUGUUUCCACUCCUCUUAAUGCACCCCUCUGCUCUAAAACUAUUGAAAGAGAUAGACAACUGGGUCUUGAUAUCAGUAUUCACAUUAUAAAAUUCCCUUCUGCAGAAGCUGGGCUGCCAGAAGGAUGUGAGAACCUAAGUUCUAUUCCCUCGCCUGACAUGCUUUCGAAUUUCUUAAAGGCCAUCGGCAUGCUUCAGCAACCCCUUGAACAGCUCCUAGAAGAAUGCCAUCCCAGUUGUCUUGUGGCAGACAUGGUGUUUCCAUGGGCUACAGAAGCUGCAAACAAGCUCAGGAUUCCAAGGUUGUUUUUCAGUGGAACAGGUUUUUUUCCUGCGUGUGUCUUCGAUUCCCUAAAACGCUAUGAACCUCACAAAGGAGUAGAUUCAGAUUUCGAACCAUUCGUGGUGCCUGGUUUACCAGAUCAGAUAAAGCUGACAAGAUUACGACUGCCAGCUUACAUUAAAGAGAGAACUGAGAAUGAACUUACAAAGCUGAUGGAUAAAAUCUCAGAAUCAAUGGUGAGAAGCUAUGGAGUCCUCACGAACAGUUUCCUUGAGCUGGAACCAGCUUAUUCAGAGCACUACAGGAUGGAAAUAAAAAGGAAAGCAUGGCACAUUGGGCCGCUGUCCCUUUGCAACAGGGACAUGAAAGAUAAGGCAGAAAGAGGCAACGUGUCCUCCAUUGAUGAACAUGAAUGUAUGAGAUGGCUGGCCAAGAAGAACCCCAACUCAGUUCUAUAUAUAUGUUUUGGAAGCUUCUUCAACCUUUCCGCUGCCCAGUUACUUGAGAUUGCCAUGGCCCUGGAAGCUUCUGGACAGAAUUUCAUUUGGGUUGUGAGAGAGAGAAAGCAAACAAAGCUUGCAGAAAAGGAGGAGUGGUUGCCAGAAGGAUUUGAGAAAAGGAUGGAAGGGAAGGGCUUAAUAGUAUCGGGGUGGGCACCCCAGGUGCUGAUCCUUGAUCAUAAAGCUGUUGGAGGGUUCAUGACUCACUGUGGUUGGAACUCAACAUUGGAGGGAGUGACUGCAGGGGUGCCAAUGGUCACAUGGCCACUUGGUGCGGAACAAUUUUGCAAUGAAAAGCUGAUUACCGAUGUUCUCAAAAUAGGAAUUGGAGUUGGUGCCCAGGAAUGGUCAAGAUAUGAAAAGAAAAUUAUAGUGAGGAAGGAGGACAUAGAGAAGGCAAUUAUUCAGUUGAUGGUUGGUGAAGAAGCUGAGGAAAUAAGAAACAGAGCAAGGGUACUGAAAGAGAUGGCGAGGAGGGCUACGGAAGAAGGAGGAUCAUCUUACUCUGAUUUAACUGCAUUUCUUGAAGAAUUAAGGACCCUUGAGACAAGCAAGCAAGAACGUGCAGCACAUUAACAAGACUGUCUUGUUACAUCAUUCUGAAAACUAGAAGAGUCGGAAGAAAAAGGAAAAAAAAAGGUAUACCGUAGAAUGGUAAAUGUUGCUUGUCAGAUAUUUAGUUUUUCAACAAAAUAAAAGAAAGAGCGUUCUACAUGAA